AUGGAUCUUGAUUUGAAAGGCACUCAUUUGAAGCAUGAGCUGGUCAGGUUUCAGGCAACAUGUGGCCCUUGCAAGGAGCCGGCUCUGUUGUCGGCAACCCUCCUGCAAAUCGGCGACAGAUAUGUGCAAAAGGUCCAGCCGGAUUCGCGCCUCACUCUGGAUAUUGUCCCCUCGGCGAUUGUGAGGCUUGCUGUGUAUCGAGACCAGUGGCCCGAGGACUGGAGUUCCCUCAUAAAGAAGCCCCUCAGAUCGGUGCUCGAGGUCUGUGCUCUCUCGCAGACCUGUGAUUCGGACGCUGCAGUAUUCAAUGCUUUCCUGAGGGUUCCUGUUGCAUUGGGGCCUUUGCUGUUGGGGUACUCAGGUGAGGCUGGAGUUUACUUCGAGCCCCGUGGCCAGGAAGCACGUCAGAACUCUGUGGAUUACAAUGUGUUCUGGAUGCCCAAAGCCUCUUAUCACGAUGCAUUGGUUUUCAAGCAAACGCAUGCUGAUGUUGUGGGCCUUGCUAGGGUCGGUCAGCGUUUUGGUGUUCGUUGUGCCAAGGACAACACUGAAGCUUUGCAUGCCAUCCUCAGGCCUACAACCCCGUACAUGGCCAUGGAAGGGGCCCUCACAUUUCAUGCUGGGCCGUGGCCAUACGGCACGCAAAGGGCGACGAUCGUCAAGGCAUUCAAGGAGUGGAAGUGGGAAGCCCGCCCCAUGCAACCCAUCCCACGCCCAUCUGGCUCGGGCCUGUGGUGGGCCGUGGUUGCUCGCGAGCAUCCGCCGCAGGCGAUUCUGUAUGUUCAGCAAGGCGAGGUGUUAAUCAGCGAGGUUAAGUCAAAGGCCACUCCGAAGGUCCAGGCACAGGCACCAGUUGUUGCAGCCAAGGCAGCAAUGCAGGCCUUAUCUGUGGUCCCUCCGGCAGGAGAAGACCCCCUUCAGAUCAACGACCCGUGGGCAGCAGCCCUACCUGCCAAGCUUCCCCGUCCAGUUGCUGUGCCGGCUCCGCUUCAGGUGGCCUCCUUCCUGGUUGGUGCUCUGUGGAUUUUGGGUGCCGUUGCCUAUGGCUACCCGACUGCUCCGAGUGCCACGUCUUGCCUUUUGGAUGCCAUCACUGAUAGGAUUGUGCAUCGAGGGGAGGGACCUCGGUUUAUUGCUGGGGACUUCAACCUUCAGCCACAGGCGUUGCAGCAUGCUCGUGAGUGGGCCAAUCACGGGUUCAUUGACGUGCAAGACAUCUGGCACCAACGCACUGGCUGCAUUCCAAAAGUUACGUGCAAAAAUGCCACUCGCAAAGAUUACCUCUUUGUCUCUGCCGAGCUUCUGCCUUUGCUCCAGGCAGUGGAGGUUGACCCGACCUGGUUUUGUGAUCAUUCUGCUCUCCUGGCAACCUUUCAGGUUCGUGGCUUAUCAGUGCCGAGCCCAAUCUGGCGAAUGCCACGGCAGCGAAAGUUCAGCCCACAAGUUGUUCAGGCCAUGGAGCAGGGCGGUUUCCAAACAGUGCCCGUGGUGGGCGACUCCGCGGCAGUCUACCGGAAAAUCUGGCAGGAGUUUGAGACCAGAGCUUCCCAAGCUCUCCGGGGUUGUGGCCAAGCUGCCCUCCGUCCGGCUGAGGUUGGUCGAGGCCAGACGUCGGACAUCACGAUGAUUAAGGCUUUCCAGGGGCAGGUGGCGGUUGGCCGAGCUGGUGAAGUGAAACCGGGCUUUUUUGGCAAGGACCGUCUUUAUUGUCAGUGGUUUCGGCAGCUCCGCCGACUCCAAGCCCUUGUCCAGGCGCUGGGGCGGGAGGCGACUACGGAUAAUGCAACCUUGUAUCGGGCUGGGUUGUGGCAUGCCAUUCAAAAUGCCCCGGGAUUCAAGCCCUCGUUUGUGGCCUGGUGGCCCAAGCGUGAUGUGUGCCUUCCGGAGGAUCCGGUGCAGCUUGCUUUGGGUCUUCCGGGACCAGUGGUCGCUCGACAAAUCUUUCUUUCGUUCCAGGCCAAUGUUCAGGAGUUGGAAAAGCGCCUUAGCAAGCAACGAAAGGUGGAUGCCAGGCAGAGGCGGGUGCAAUCGCCAGCACUUAUCUUCAAAGACCUUCAAAAGGCAGCGGCUCAGCCAGUGCAGACCAUUGUGCAAAGUGUCAAGGCUAAGGUGGUCGAGGUUCGUCAUGAUGAGGCGGCUCUUGUGUUGGAUAGUGCACCCCGAUGGCACGAAGGUGCAGGCUUUUUCAUCAAUGGGUUAAUGUCGGGGACAUUGUGUCCCAGCAAAGAGUUGUUGCUGAUGUUUUCAGCCUUUGGGGCUGAGUGGCUGCAGCGAUGGAUGAAGCAUGAACACAUUGAGCCUAAUCGGUGGUCCGCCAUCAUUGAUGCUUUUCCGGAGAACCCGGUGCAGCCUUAUGCCCUUGUGAGCAUAACCGUGCCUGCGUGGAGGGCAGCUAUCCAGGGAAAGCAUGCACGAUCGGCGACCGGCUUAGAUGGGGUUUCCCGGGGUGAUCUUCUGGCCCUGCCUACGGACCUCACCGAUUCUGUGAUCGGGUUGUGUGCACGGGCGGAGGGCUCUGGCGAUUGGGCCCCGCAGUUGCUUGAUGCCCGAAUCUCCGCUUUAGAAAAGGUGGUUGGGGCGGCUGAGGUUACCCAGUUUAGGCCGAUUUGUGUUCUGCCGAUGGCCUACCGCACAUGGUCGUCCAUUCGUGCAAAGGAGGCCCUACGACAUCUGUCCAAAGUGGCGCCGGCCAUCUUGUUUGGCAACUUGCCUGGCCGAUCCGCUGGUGGUGUCUGGUACGGGCUCCAGAUGGCUAUUGAGCAGGCCCAGAUUGAGGGGUUCCAGAUCCGAGGUGCAACGGGCCCGGCCCUCCCAAGUGCUACAGGCUUCCCAGAAGGUUGUGCCUUGUCAUGUGUGGCAAUGGCGAUCGUUGACUUCGCUUUGCAUGUCUUCGUAGGCAGCAGCUCGAGUCCGGACGUUCUUUCUACCUUUGUGGACGACUGGCAGUUGAUGGGCAAUGAUGGUCCUGAAGUGCAAAGGGCUUUGAAGGCGGUUGAGGAUUUUGUUCAGAGUUGGGAUUUGGCCAUGGACCCUACGAAAACAAUUCAUUGGGCGACCCACCCUGUGCAAAGACGUGAGUUGCGCCGUGGGGGUGUGCAAGUGGCCCUUUCAUGCCGCAACCUUGGUGGCAACAUGGCUUUCACUCGCCGGCGAUCGGCCUCGACCAUCUCGGAGCGCAUACAAGCCUUGGAGGGGCUGUGGCCGAAGUUGUCUGCUUCCUGUGCCCCUUUGAAACAGAAAAUCAAUGCUUUAAUGCUGGCGGCGUGGCCUCGGGCCUUGCGCGGCAUUUCUACGGUCACGUUGUGUGAUGCGGCUGUUGCUGGCCUCCGGGCCGGGGCGGCAAGAGGACUAGGGUUGGAUAGGCCGGGGCUUAAUUCUAAGGUUCUCCUUAGUCUUGUGUGCCACCCGUUGGCCGAUCCUCAGUUCUUCGCGAUCGCUUCCACCUUUAAGGAUUUGAGGGCUUUUGCUGACCCAGGCGCCUUUUCACUGUUGGUUAGCCAGGUGUUGAAAGUAGAGGGUCGUUGGACUCCGGGGCCGGCCCAAGCCUUUCUUGAAAGGUGUCAUUCUGUUGGCCUUAGUUGGGAUGUUGAGCAAGGGCUCUUGCAAGACGGGAUUUCCACCUUUGACCCAUGGAAGGUCGCCCCUCAAGAGCUAGGGCUUCGUUUGGCCUUUGCUUGGCAAGUUCGGGUGGGGCAGGAGCUCGAGGCUCGGCCCGGUUUUCAGGGGCUUUCGCGAGCUGAUCCUGGCCUUACGGCUUCUUUUCGCAAGCUAGCUAGUGAACAGCAGAGUUUGGUGUUGAUACUUGCCCAGUCUGGAGCGUUCUUUACCCAAGAUGCUCUGCACCACUUCAGCACUGAUCCCUUGGAUACUGCUACCUGUAAGUACUGUGACUUUCGUGACAGUGUAUACCAUCGGUUGUGGGAAUGUCCUGGAUUCGCGGAGUGCCGUGAGAAGCAUGCUGGAUGGGCUUUACCUGAUCCGGCGACGACACAGCCUGCCCUCGCUUUACGGGGUUGGGCGCUCAGGCCUGAGCGACAGGUUGACUUGUGGCGUGCUUUGCAUGCAAUUCCAGAUGGCACCUACGACAUGGACUGGCCAUCGAGUUUGCCAGACUCCCUGGACCUUUUCACGGACGGCUCAUGCUUCCUGCCGACCUUGCCGCAAAUUCGCUUGGCUUCAUGGGCUGUUACUUUGGCCGCUCCUGUGGGGAUCACGCCAUGGAUUUUGUGUUCAGGUCCACUCCGUGGUAUUCUACAGACUGCUUUCCGGGCUGAGAUCACUGCUGUAAUCGCGGCCCUGCGUGUGGCUCUGGUUUCCAAAAGAGUGGUUCGUAUCUGGUCGGAUUGUGCAGGCGUGGUGAAGCGACUCCGUGCAGCUGGCAAUGGGCAGCUGGUGGUUCGACGUGACCUGGCACUUCAGUCAUCCCUGGCCAAGACGAUGGCCCUCUUGCAUCAAGAUGUGGCGGAAGUGGCCAUUAAAGGCAAGGACCUGGUGGCGACUGCUGAACAACCUGAGCCUGGUGGGCAUCCGCCCACGUGGGGUAUUGAGCCGAACCCCAUGCCUAGGCAUGUUCUCAAGUACGGCCAUGCAUAUGUGAGAUCGCUUGCCACUUGGCUGAGGGAUUUGUUUACUGUCCAGGCGGGUAGACCUCAAUGGAUUUCGUUCGUGCAGCUCUACUUUGCUUUCUUCAUGGAAACUGGGCAGGCUCCUCCUGUUUAUGUGUCGAGAACGAAGUCUUGGAUGCCUUUCGCUGAAACGAAUCCCGUAACUGCUGCGGUCUCGAUGUCAGAGCGUGCUCGUUUCUUCAGACAGCAUGUUCGUGCCAUCGUUGCUGCUGUGCAUGGUAAGCUUUUUACUGGUGAAGUAAGACCGUUUUCGGCCUCUUUGGCAAUUAAGCUGCCAUGUUGUUAUGUUGCGAUUUCUGACGUCUGGCUUGAGCGAGUCGAGCAGUUCCUGCACGAGGCCCUGCCCAACGGUGUCUGUGUCCAGCGAGGCUUCGUGACGCGGAUCUACAAUCACUCCAUCCCUGGCCCUACGAUCAUCGUGAAGCCCGGUGACAGGUAUCUUGUGGUUCCCCUCUUGGUCAUACUGUCGAUCGUUAAUGAUGACGAGGCAGGUGAUGAGCAUAGUCAGCCAGUUCUGUGCCCAGCGAGCCACUACUGCCCGGAAGGCAGCUCUGAGCCUUUGCCUUGCCCGCCUGGGCACAUCUGCAAGGGCCUGGGGCUGGAGGUCUUUGUAGAUGCCUGGGGAGACGUUGUGCCCUUGGCUGCCGGGGACCUUCAUACCGUGGUGGUCUCCAAGUCAGGCGAGCUCUGGGCAGCAGGUGAUAAUCAGCUCGGCCAGUUGGGCACUGGUGGCACCGUAGGGCAACAUGCGUUCGUGCAUGUGGCAGUUGAUGGCAAAAUCAAGGCCGUGGCUGCUGGAGGGGUGCACACUGCUGCGAUCACGGAAUCUGGCGAGCUGUGGACCUGGGGGAACAGUUGGUGUGGCCAGCUCGGCGUAUCCCCCGUGACCAGUGGGUUCCACGUCCCGGUGAAGGUGAGUGUCAACGGCCAGAAGAUCGUGGCCGUUGCCGCUGGAGAAGUUCACACCGCUGCCAUCACGGACUCCGGUGAGCUGUGGACUUGGGGCCCCAAGAAGCCCGAUGAUAUGUGCCCCGGAGUUGCCUCUGUGAAUGGCCAUGUUCCGGUCAUCGUGAACGCGAGCGACCAGCAGAUCGUGGCCGUGGCUGCUGGUAGACGUCACAUCGUUGCGAUCACCGACUCUGGCGAGCUGUGGACCUGGGGCCGCAAUGGUGAUGGCCAGCUUGGCGUUGGAGACACCGUGGAUCGCCAUGCCCCGGUGAAGGUGAACGUGGACGGCCAGAAGAUCGUGGCCGUGGCUGCUGGACAUUUGCACACCGCUGCUAUCACGGACUCUGGCGAGCUGUGGGGUUGGGGCCGCAAUGAUUAUGGUCAGCUUGGCAUUGGGGACAAACAGGAUCGCCAUGCUCCGGUGAAGGUGAACGUGGACGGCCAGAAGAUCGUGGCCGUCGCUGCUAGAGGAAGGCACAGCGCUGCGAUCACUGAAGCGGGUGACCUGUGGACCUGGGGAAGACCAGCAGAGUGCCCUGACGUUGAUUCUACGAUUCGCUAUGUCCCAGUCAAGGUGAGCCUUCCGAACCGCCGGAAGAUCGUAGCCGUGGCUAUGGGACUUCGACACAUCGCUGCGAUCACGCAUUCUGGUGAACUGUGGACAUGGGGCUGCAAUUUCCAGGGCGAGCUUGGUGUUGGGGACACUGCGAAUCGCCACUCGCCAGUGAAGGUGGCAUUGCCGGCCAAGAUCGGCGAGAUGCCUGUCCCGCUGUGCUGGUCUCCGGAGGGCCUGGAGUCAAGUGCGCUUGCCGAGGCCUUCCUGGCCUCCAAAGUUCCCGUGCCCCGUGAGUGCAGUUCGUUGCGCGGCCAGCUUGCUGCUUUCCAACAGCGCCGCGUGCACGUGGGCGACCUCGGCGCUUGGGAGGCAGCACCCUGCCCAGCGGGCUCCUUCUGCCCAAGCGAGGAGGUCGGAGCCUUCGCAGCUUCGCUGGAAGACGGAGCUGUGCAGCAAUGCCCAGAAGGUUUCGUUUGCACCGUGUCAGCGAAGGCCUCAACCUGGAAGAUGUCGCGCGCGGAGUUGCAGGAGCUGCUGCAAGUGGUGGGGACUUCCCGUGGUACAGAAGUCCUCGGCAUUUGGCGUGGCGUGAUGAUCGUCUCGGUCUUGGCUGCCGGCUCUUUUCUUUUUCGCAUGCGCAUGGGAGUCACCAGGCCCACAAAGUCCCGGCUGGUGCCCGACUUCACCCGUCGGUUUUUCGACGCUUUCGGGUUCCGGCAAGACGUGACGGUGAUGGAGGAUGGCUUCCUCUACCUGAAUUUCGUAGACUUUGCGGAGCAGAUGUACGAAUUCCCGGUGACAGAGGAUCCGCGGAUGGGUAGCAGUCGGGCGGAGGAAGUUCGGGCUCCCAGCGAAAGCACGGAGAGCAGCUUCGAGUUGGCUGAGGCCCGCGACGGUCAGCCGGUUCUGUGCCCAGCGGGCCACUACUGCCCGGAAGGCAGCUCGGAGCCUUUGCCCUGUCCGUCUGGGCACAUCUGCAAGGGCCAGGACGUGGGGGCCUUGGCAAACGGAACCUGGGGAGACGUGGUGCGCUUGGCGGCAGGAGCCAGGCACACGGUGGUUGUCUCCAAGUCGGGCCAAGUCUGGGCAGCAGGCGAUGACGACUUCGGCGAGUGGGGCACGGGUGGCACUCUGAGGCAACAUGCCUUUGUGCAUGUAGCGUUUGACGGGAAGAAAAUCGUCGCCGUGGCUGCUGGAGACCACCACACCGCUGCGAUCACGGAUUCUGGCGAGCUGUGGACCUGGGGUGCCAAUGAACAUGGCCAGCUUGGUGUUGGGGACACCAAGGAUCGCCAUGCCCCGGUGACGGUGAGCGUGAACGGCCAGAAGAUAGUGGCUGCUGUGCUGCUGGAGGAUCGCCACGUCCCUGUCAAGGUGAGCGUGAACGGCCAGAAGAUCGUGGCCGUGGCUGCUGGACAUUUUCGCUCCGCUGCGAUCACGGACUCUGGCGAGCUGUGGGCCUGGGGCCUCAAUGGCAAUGGCCAGCUUGGCAUUGGUGACACCAAGGAUCGCCAUGCCCCGGUGAAGGUGAGCCUGAACGGCCAGAAGAUCGUGGCUGUAGCUGCUGGACAUAAGCACACCGCUGCCAUCACGGACUCUGGAGAGUUGUGGACGUGGAGUGACAAUGGUGAGUUCGAAGGGCCAGAAGAUUGUGGCCGUGGCUGCUGGACUUUGGCACACCGCUGCGAUCACGACUCUGGCGAGCUGUGGACCUGGGGCUGUAAUGGCGGUGGCAAGCUUGGCAUUGGGGACACGACGAAUCGCUACUCACCGGUGAAGGCGGCAUUGCCAGCCAAGAUCGGCGAGAUGCCUGUCGCACCGUGCUGGUCUCUUGGGAGCGGUGCGUCAAGUGCAGUUCACGAGGCCUUCCUGGCUGCAACGUGGGGCUCGACGAUUCCCAUGCCUCGCCAGUGCAGUGCGUUGCUGGGGCAGCUUGCUGCCUUUCAGCAGAAGUGCCACAUGCAUUUGGGCGCUUGGGAGGCAACACCGUGCCCAGCGGGCUCCUUCUGCCCAAGGGAGCAGGUGGGUACCAAGGGCUCCACGGCACCGACACCUUGCAAAGCUGGCGUUUGGUGCCCGGCAGGGAGCACAGGCCCUCCUGGCAACGAAGGUGUGCAGUCGGGUGGCAGCACAGAGAUUCUCGAACAGGUGGAAGAGACAGGCCAGAUUAAGGUCCCCUGGGUUGCGAAGCCAUUUUUCUUAGUUCCUUUCGUGCAUGCAAUCCUUCGGUUGUUUUUUUGCUGUUCAUUUGGUGUUCAGCAGGCUGAGCAGGAGAAAGCCUUGAGUUGGUUCCAUGACAAUGUCGCAUACCUGGCGCAUAAGCUGCGGCAAAAGAUCAUGAGCAUGACGCAGCAGCAUCUGCAGCAUCUGGAAGCCUCAGUACACAGCCUUGAGGCGAAAGUGCAGAUAUUGACGCCCCAAAACUACACGAAGUUGGAGGAGCAGCGAGCUGCGUCGAAGCAGCAAAUAGACCAGAUUCGAAAGGACCUCGACUCCCACAUCGCGAAGUUGGAGCAGCUGCAAUGUCUGGAGGCGAAGGUACAGACUUUGACGUCCCAAGACUACACGAGGUUGGAGGAUCAGCGGAAGCAAACAGCUUCGAAGCAACAGAUGGACCAGAUCCGAUCAGAUCUUAACUCCCUGCAGCAAGCAGCAGCACGAGAGGACAUGAAGUCUCAAGACUUCACGAAGUUGGAGGAUCAGCUGCAGCAAGCAGCAACAAAGCAAGACAUGGACAAACUUCGACAAGAGCUUGAAUCCCAAAUUGGGAAGUUGGUGCAGCAAUCAGCAUCAGAAGCGGACGUGAGCGUGUCCUUGCAAGAUCUGAAGGCCUCGGUGCAGAACGUCGAGGAGAAGCUCCCAGUUCUCAAGUCCCAAGGUUUUCUGGACACCGCCGUGGACUGUCGUGGCACAGAAGCCCUCGGCAUUUGCUGUGGCUUUACGCUCGUCUCAGCCUUCUGUUUCCUUUUUCGCAUGUGCAUGCGUGGGGGUAGCCAGGUGGCCCAGUAUGACCAUGCUGGGCGGAGAGUUCUCAAGAUUCAUUGCCCUAACCUCUCCAUCCGCGAUGUGCGCGUCCGACACUCCGGCCUCCGUGUGGAGGUAGAUCUGGGCCAGGGGGCUAUGAAGCCCCGGCUGGUGCAAGCUCGACUUCGCUCGUCGCGCUUCGAGGCCUUCGAGUUCCGGCAAGACGAGACGGUGAUGGUCGGCGGAUUCCUUUUCCUGCAUUUCGUGGAGUCUGUGGAGCGGAUGUACGACUUCGCUGUGACAGAGGAUGCGCGGAUGGAGGAAGUUCGGACUCCCAGCGAAAGCACGCGGAACAGCUUCGAGUUCGUGGCUGACGCAGCUGAGGAGGCCGUCGACGGAGCAAAUGAGUAG